AUGGCGACCCCACAACCCCGUGUCUGUGGUCCCUUCUCAUCAGCCCUGCCUGCUAGAGAGACACAUGACAGUGACAAUGAAUGGGAAGACUUGGAAGAACUAGAGGAAGAGAAGGAAGAAAAGGAAGAUCGCAUUAGGGAAAUGGAGAUCUUCGUGACUUUGACAAGGUCAGAGAACAACAGUUAUGGAUUCUCUGUAGUUUUUAACAAAGUGGACAACUGCCUGUAUGUUGAUGAAAUCUUGAAUGAUCCAGCCCUGUCUGAUGGAAGAUUAAGAAAGGGAGACAGAAUCAUUAUGGUGAAUGGAAUUGAUGUCACAUCUUUACGAUGCAAUGAAGUUCUGACUUUACUGCAAAGAUCUCCUCCUGAUCUGCACCUUGUGGUUGGUCGUGCUGACAGUGACCCACAUCCUUCUAUUAGUCCAGAAGAGAUUCCCGAAAUUACUCUCACAAAAGGUGCCAAUGGACAGCUAGGCUUGAAGCUGACAGGAGGAGCUGGAAGCAAGUUACAAGGUAUUUAUGUGCUAGAGAUAGUGCCUGGCUCUCCUGCCAGUGUGGAAGGCAGUUUGCAGCUACGAGAUCAGAUUGUUUACAUCUGUGGACUGUGGACUGAGGGCAUUAGCCUGGAUGAUGCAGUGAGAGUGUGUGAAGCUGCCACCCAGAAUGUCCAAAUCAAAGCCACAAGAAAUGGCAACCCAGUGGUUCCUAUAGAACAGGAAAAUAAGAAAUAUCUGGAGGAAACUAACUCCGGUGCUCAGCAAAACACUCCUGAUUCUCCAGAAUCUAAGGACUUCAUUAUUAAGAUUGAGCUGGAAAAAGCAGAAAAUGGAAGCCUAGGAUUUGCACUGGUAGGUGGAAGAAAUGGCAGGGCUAUCCUAAUAAAAGCCAUCAGCCCGGACAGCAUUGCAGAUAUAGAUGGGAGGCUUCAAGUUGGUGACAUCCUACUUAAGGUGAAUGAGACUUUUGUGUCUGGCCUGCCACGCCAAACAGUUAUAGAUUUGCUACGCAAGGCUCAAGGCACUGUUCAACUCACUGUCUGCCGAAGCAUGACUUUGCAUUGGGGUUACGCAGGCAAUCAGAGCAACAGCAUGCCUUCCCCCCCAAACACAAAAGCAGAGCCUGGCAGAACCUUUACUUCUGGAGAUGAACUGACUCAUUUAAUUAACUUCAAACAAUCACUGACUGGAGUAGGUCCAAGGACUCGCAUCACAGGUCUUAUUCGAAGCCUUGAGUUGCGGAUUCAGAAUCAAGAGGUGUUAAAGGAGUUUACGGCUUUAGAACGUGUGAAACCAACAGAUGAUUGCAGAACUGGCAAAGCACCAGAAAACCAGGAUAAAAACAGAUACCGAGAUAUUCUUCCAUAUGAUAAAACACGAGUUCCUCUGGGAGAAAAGAAUGGCUACAUUAAUGCAAGUUACAUUAGAAUGAAAGUUGGAGAAGAGGAACAUUUCUAUAUUAUAACCCAAGGACCUCUGCCAUCCACUAUGUCUGAUUUCUGGCAAAUGGUCUGGGAGAGUGAAUCAGAUGUGAUUGCCAUGAUGACAAAAGAAGUGGAGCGAGGGCAAGUCAGAUGUCAUCGAUACUGGCCUGAACCUCCCCAGAACUCCAUAGACUUGGCCAGUUUCCAUCUCAGGCUAGACAAUUACCAGAUUCUGGAAUACAUCGUAAUUAGAACAAUAGAAAUGAUCAACAAGCAGACAGAAGAGAAGCGCAUUAUUAGUCAUUUGCAGUUUACCACUUGGCCAGAUCACAAUAUUCCCAAACUGGCUAAGCAGCUUGUACAAUUUAUUUGUUACAUGAGAAAAGCUCACAGUACAGGACCUAUUAUUGCUCACUGCAGCACUGGCAUUGGAAGAAGUGGAAUUUUGUUGUGUGUUGAAGUUCUGCUCAGCUAUAUAGAAAAAGAUUUAUGUUUCAACAUCAAGCAUAUAGUGAGAGAUUUGAGAGAUCAGCGUUUUGGCAUGAUCCGAACUAAGGAUGAAUAUUUAUUCUGUUAUGAAGUUGUGCUGGAAGUCCUUCAGAACCUUCAAGCAAUGGACUCCAACUGA